ACUUUGCAACUAGUGUUUGUGGGUGUAUAUACCUGGUCAGUGUUUAUCUCUCCUCCUCCACUCACCACACAUCUCUUUCUCUCUCUAACCCAGCCAUGGCGGCUAAUGCUUCUCCCUCCUCCUCUUUCCUCACCAAACCCUCUCAUUUCCCUUGUUCUUCCCCAAAACCAAUCUUCCAAAUCCCCAUCCUCCAAAACCCCAUCACUCCCCUCCGCCGCCGCCACCUCCACGCCCCCCACGUUAUCACCAACUCUCUCUCCAACAACCCGGCCCCGCAGCCCCCCUCGCGCCGCCCCCCGCCGGCCCCCCCCCCCCCCGCCCCCGCCGUUGUGUUGGAGCCGGAGACAUUCGUCUCCCGCUUCCGCCCCGACGAGCCCCGCAAGGGCGCCGACGUCCUCGUCGAGGCCCUGGAGCGCCAGGGAGUGAGGGACGUCUUCGCCUACCCCGGCGGCGCGUCGAUGGAGAUCCACCAGGCGCUCACGCGCUCCGGCAUUAUCCGCAACGUCCUCCCCCGCCACGAGCAGGGCGGCAUCUUCGCCGCCGAGGGCUACGCGCGCUCCUCCGGCCUCCCCGGCGUCUGCAUCGCCACCUCCGGCCCCGGCGCCACCAACCUCGUCAGCGGCCUCGCCGAUGCGCUCCUCGACAGCGUCCCCCUCGUCGCCAUCACCGGCCAGGUCCCCCGCCGCAUGAUCGGCACAGACGCCUUCCAGGAGACGCCAAUUGUUGAGGUAACCAGAUCUAUAACCAAACACAAUUACCUUGUUCUUGAUGUUGAAGACAUUCCUAGGAUUGUUAGCGAGGCAUUUUACUUAGCGACUUCUGGAAGACCCGGUCCAGUUUUGAUUGAUAUUCCGAAAGAUAUACAACAACAGCUUGUUGUUCCCAAUUGGGAUCAACCCCUUAAGCUGCCCGGCUACUUAUCUAGGUUGCCGAAAACCCCUAGUGAGGCUCAUCUAGAGCAGAUUGUGAGGCUGAUUUCGGAGUCGAAAAGGCCGGUUUUGUAUGUUGGUGGUGGGUGUUUGGAUUCCAGUGAGGAGCUGAGGAGGUUUGUGGAGAUAACAGGAAUACCUGUUGCUAGUACUUUGAUGGGUCUUGGGUCUUAUCCUUUGUCUAGUGAGUUGUCACUUCAGAUGCUUGGAAUGCACGGCACUGUUUAUGCCAAUUAUGCUGUCGAUAAGUGUGAUUUGUUGCUUGCUUUUGGAGUGAGGUUUGAUGACCGUGUGACCGGAAAGCUCGAGACUUUCGCUAGCCGGUCAAAGAUUGUUCACAUUGAUAUUGAUCCCGCCGAGAUUGGGAAGAACAAGCAGCCCCAUGUGUCUGUUUGUGGUGAUGUGAAGCCUGCUUUGCAGGGGAUGAAUAGGAUUUUGGAAGGGAAUGUUGGGAAGGGCGUGAAGCUCGAUUUUUCGGUUUGGAGAGAGGAGCUGGAUGAGCAGAAAGAGAAGCAUCCAUUGAGUUUCAAGACUUUUGGAGAUGCUAUUCCUCCUCAGUAUGCUAUUCAGGUUCUUGAUGAGCUCACCGAUGGGAAUGCAAUCAUAAGUACUGGUGUUGGGCAACACCAAAUGUGGGCCGCUCAGUUUUACAAGUACAAAAGACCCCGUCAGUGGUUGACGUCGGGCGGUUUAGGGGCUAUGGGAUUCGGAUUGCCUGCAGCGAUUGGAGCAGCCGUCGCAAACCCUGGAGCGGUCGUUGUAGACAUCGAUGGUGAUGGGAGUUUCAUCAUGAAUGUUCAGGAGCUGGCGACAAUCCGAGUGGAGAAUCUACCCGUGAAGAUAAUGGUCUUGAAUAACCAGCACUUGGGCAUGGUUGUUCAAUGGGAGGACCGGUUCUACAAGGCCAACAGAGCUCACACUUACCUCGGAGACCCUUCGAGAGAAUCCAACAUAUUCCCAAACAUGUUGAAGUUUGCAGAUGCUUGUGACAUACCAGCCGCGAGGGUGACGAGGAAGGACGAGCUCAGAGGAGCAAUUCAGAAGAUGUUGGACACUCCAGGGCCCUACUUGUUGGAUGUGAUUGUUCCUCAUCAAGAACAUGUCUUGCCUAUGAUCCCAAGUGGUGGUGCUUUCAAGGAUGUGAUCACUGAUGGAGAUGGGAGAACUAAGUACUAGAUUUCUAUGUUGCUUUUCUAUGUAAAAAUUUUAUUUUCUAGUUUUGUUAGGCACAACUCAAAAGUUUUGCUUGAACUAAGGCUUUUUAAUUUUAUGGGAUUACUGUUUAGCGUCUAGUAAUUAGUACUAGUUGUUUUUCUUUUGUUGGGAGAGCAUGUUGUACUGUCUAGUAAUUAGUACUAGUUGUUUUUCUUUUGUUGCGAGAGGAUGUUGUAUUUUCUAAAUAUUAACUAGGUGUGGCAAGUUUAAGAAUAUUUUACCAGCAAGUUAAGUUGCCUUUACCUUUGUUAAAAGCAGUGUCUUACGUAUUUUUGUCGUGCCCUA